CAUUUGUGAUGUUGAACAAUUUCAGGCUCCGAUUUUGAAAAUCUCUUUCUGUUCUGGGUAAUUUAUUUAUAAGGAUUGCAUACUGUACAAUCAGUAUGCUAAAAACAGUCACAUGUAAUUUCCAAGCAAAAUGAUGAAAAAUAACUCAUUCACUUUGAAACAUUUCUGACCAUGUAACUCAAGCUUGCGAUAUUUUGAAACGCUUAACUGACAACACCCACAGUACUUGUAUUUAACGCUGCCAUUGAAAUGGCUGAACAGGGUGUUGUUCACUACACCAGCAAACAAUAAGUGAUCAUAAAGAGCGUUGAAUCAGAUAUGCAUGACACUGAGGGACUUCAGCUUUGUCAGGUACUAGGUCAGUGUCUCUUAUACUCUGGGAUAAACGUACAAUUUGUUGUUUCACAAGCCCACAAAAGCACUGGACAUGGAUAUGGUGUCAUUAUAAAAGCUCUAAGAGAACAGAAAUCAGCAGUUGGAGGUCAUUCAAGGCUUGGAAGGUGAGGAAUUAUCACUGGUGAGUCUUCGGAUAUUUUAUUUCCUUCUUCUCGUAAUGUAUGUGUAAAAGGCAUUAGAGCAUCUUGUAAUACAGUCAUCAACUUGUAAAAGAAAAAAAAAAAAAAGUGACAUGAUCUUGUGAUCAGAUAUUUGUUCUGCACUCUUGAACUGUAUCAGGUUGCUAUUGUACAGUUUUGAAGGAUGCAAGCAGACAUAAAGACUUCAGCGUUUCAUUGAGAGACUCGUUUUCAUUUAUUACAGGCUUUCACAAUAUUUUACUUGUGUUUCGGAUGCUUUUUUCUUGUUAAAGCACUGGAAGAAUGGCUCAGUUAUUGUGGGUAUUUCUUGUGCUCGCUGUAACGGUCAGAGAUACAUUACCACAAAGGAUCAUUGGGGGUCAAGAGGUUGUGCCUUACUCCAUCAAGUACCAGGUGUCUCUUCAGGUUGACAGGAAGCAUUACUGCGGAGGAACCCUCAUUCAGCCCCAGUGGGUGGUGACUGCUGCCCACUGCUGGAGACCGGCUAGCGUGAUUCAGGUGGUGCUGAGUGAGCACAAUCUCAUGGUAGAAGAGGGAUUUGAGCAAAUACAUAAUGUCUCCAGAGUCUACAGUCAUUUUGCCUACAAUCCAAAAACUUUUAACAAUGACAUCUUGCUCAUUAAGCUCAGUGUUCCAGCUCAGAUGAAUGCUAAUGUUCAGCCGGCCCCACUGCCAACUACAGACAGUGAUUUAGUUGGACCGUGCACCGUGAGCGGAUGGGGAGUGACACGACUGUACAGCUUCUAUUUGUCACCGAUUCUGCGCGCAGUGGAUGUGGAGAUCAUCCCCAACUGCCAAUACUACUACUACUACAGAGUCAACGACAACAUGAUCUGUGCAGGCUCGCGCUUCGGAGGGAAAGACUCCUGCCAGGGAGAUUCAGGUGGCCCUCUCAUAUGUGAUGGGAUUUUAGAAGGCAUUGUUUCAUGGGGAAUCGGCUGUGCUCUUCCAUACUAUCCUGGUGUGUACACAAAAGUCAGGAACUACAACCGCUGGAUCGACUGGAUCAUCACCUCUGAAAGCUAAAAUACAUGUUUAGCUGAAUGUGGGAAGAAUUAAGAAAAGGAUGUAAUUUAACAAUAAAUCCUACUUCAAGUACUGAUCCAUUCAAAUGAUUUCAUCCAGAAGUUUAUAGAGUAACAUGCAUAUUUUGUACUUUUUAAGUGAAACACUUAAAUUAACUAUAUUUUGUCUUUUACAGAAUGUUAUGGCACUUUUUCAUUUAUAUUUCUAUGUUUUAAAGUAACACAACUGACUGAGUUCUCUUUUGAUCUAAAAGCUUUUCCUUAAAUGCUUGAAGUUAUGUAGGCAAAUAUAAGCUAUGACUAUAUAUGAACUUCUUUACAAAACUUGUAUUCAGUACAAUUUAAAAAGCAUCCCACGAUGCACCUCAAGAGAAAAUGUCCAGGAAGAAAUCCAGCUGUCAGUAAGAUUGAUGGAACUGUCACAGUCAUGUUUUUAAAUGCAUAAAGUUUACAACAAGCUCUUACUUGUGUCUUUAUUGCGGUCAUUUCCACAUGAGUGUCUGACCUCUGGACUGAGUAAACAGGAUCAUUUUUACUCAUCCGUCUCGUUACCAUCUGUGCACUACCUCAAUUAAAUAUUUUCUAGUAUGAGAAUAAAUGGUUAAACCACAUCAAGGUAAGUGGAAAAUGUUUUAUUUAUUAUGUUAAGCGUGUUCUGUCUAAUGAUCGUC